AUGAAGAUAAGUGGUUUCGUUCUUAUCUCUACAUUCGUGGUCACCGUAGUCACCGCCAAGUCGAGCCCGACGACGGCACACAAAAUUCGGAUGAGGAGCCAAAGAGACACGUUUCAGCAGGAAUGCCGGCAGUGGCACAACUACUAUCGAAACAUGCAUCAUGUUCCGAAUCUCGGAUUAAGCAGAAGACUUCACGAAAAUGCGCAACUUUGGGCAGACCAUCUCGCACGUCAAAGAUUCUUCGAACCUAUUCUCCACAGCCCGGCCUCAAGAGAAAAGUUUGGAGAAAACAUUUACUGGUACACCAUACCCAGUGAAACUUACAAGGUUUCAGCUAAAAGUGCAAUCAAAUUAUGGUACGAGGAAAAGAAGCACUACGACUACAACCACCCGCGCUACAGCAGGCAGACUUCUCACUUCACUCAAGUUAUUUGGAAGUCGAGCAAAACUCUUGGGUGUGCUAAAAGUCGUGCCCGAGAGGGGCAUCUUUAUAGAUAUUUUGUAGUCUGCAACUACCAUCCCAAAGGGAAUAUCCAUGGUGAAUUCAAAAAGAACGUGCUGAGGCCUUAA